CAAACAACAAACUCCACUAACAAAACAUCAUCACAACAACAUUUCCAUCCACACCCUACAUCAUCAUUCAGACACCCUCCGGUCUGAUGGAGUGCUUGGGCGGCUCCCACCCUUACCACCACAGGUAGUCCGACAACAAAUUGAAGAAAAAUGUUCAGCUUCUGCCCGCUCCAGGGCGCCCUCUCCGACUCGUCAGCCUCCCAGUCGCUGCUGGAGCUCGACGGCGGCGUCAAGAUCCUGAUCGAUGUCGGCUGGGACGAGACCUUUGACGUCGAAAAGCUCAAGGAGCUCGGCAAGCAAGCACCGACUCUGUCCCUCAUCCUCCUCACCCACGCCACCGUCCCCCAUCUGGCCGCCUACGCCCACUGCUGCAAGCACUUCCCACCCUUCCAGCGCAUUCCCGUCUAUGCGACGCGCCCCGUCAUCGAUCUCGGCCGUACCCUGACACAGGAUCUCUAUGCCUCGACGCCCCUGGCCGCCACCACCAUAUCAUCGGCCUCGCUCGCCGAAGUGUCGUAUGCCUCGGGAUACUCCCAGGCCGCCUCCGCCGAAAACACCUUCCUCCUCCAGCCACCCACUCCCGAAGAGAUCACAAAGUACUUUUCUCUAAUCCAGCCGUUAAAGUACUCUCAGCCACAUCAACCGCUGCCGUCGCCCUUCUCCCCGCCUCUGAACGGACUCACCAUUACCGCCUACAACUCGGGCCGCACCCUCGGAGGAACCAUAUGGCACAUUCAGCAUGGCUUGGAGUCGAUUGUCUACGCCGUCGACUGGAACCAGGCCCGCGAGAACGUGUUUGCCGGCGCUGCUUGGCUAGGUGGAAACCAUGGUGGUGCCGGAGGUACACAGGUGAUUGAGCAGUUGCGCAAGCCAACCGCCCUGGUAUGCAGCAGUCGUACUCCAGACGCCGCCCUACCGCGUGCCAAGCGUGACGAACAACUUAUGGAGUCGAUCAAGCUGUGUAUUGCCAGAGGUGGUACCGUCCUUAUCCCCGUCGACUCGAGCGCCAGAGUAUUAGAGCUGUCAUACCUUCUCGAGCACGCCUGGAGAAAAGAGGUCGCCAAGGACAAUGACGUCUUCAAAUCCGCCAAGCUGUUCCUUGCCGGACGCACCAUCAGCAGCACCAUGAAGAAUGCCAGGAGCAUGUUGGAGUGGAUGGACGACAGCAUCAUCAGGGAGUUUGAAGCCUUUGCGGAUGAAUCGAGGAGGAAUAACAGGCGGGAUGAGGGUAAUCACCAGACCGGGCCAGGACCAUUCGACUUCAAAUACUUGAGGCUACUCGAGCGCAAGGCACAGAUCGACAAGAUCCUGCAACAGUCGGACGAUGCCGAACCAAGAGCCAAGGUGAUUCUCGCCAGCGACACGAGCCUGGACUGGGGUUUCUCCAAGGAUAUCCUCAAGUCCAUUGCCGCUGAUGCGCGCAACUUGGUCAUUCUAACGGAAAAGCCCAACUUGGAGCCGAACCAAAAACCAUCUAUUUCGAGGACACUAUGGGAGUGGUGGAAAGAGAGAAGGGACGGUGUGGCGACAGAACGCACAAGCAACGGUGACACCUUCGAGCAGGUCUAUGCCGGUAACCGCGAGUUGGAGAUCGAAACCGCCGAACGAAAGGGGCUUGAAGGUGAUGAGCUAAACGUGUAUCAACAAUGGCUGGCAACCCAACGGCAGCUACAAGCUACCCUACAGAGCGGUGGCACCAAUCUAUUAGAAGCACCGGGAGAUGUCCUUGACGACGCUGAUUCCGACACCGAUAGCGAGUCAGAAGGCUCUGACACGGAGCAACAAGGAAAGGCUCUAAAUAUCGCAAACACAAUGGCCCAAGCAAGUCGUAAGAAGGUAGUAUUGAGGGACGAGGACCUUGGUGUCACCAUCCUCAUCAAGAAAGAAAACGUCUACGACUUCAACGUCCGCGGCACCAAGGGCAGAGACCGCAUGUUCCCCGUCGCCAUGCGUAGGAGACGUGCCGACGAAUUUGGCGAACUCAUCCGACCCGAAGACUACCUCCGCGCUGAAGAACGCGAAGACGCCGAGAACCAAGAAGCCGGCCAAGUAAACACUAACAAUCAAGAGCCCGAAGGCCUUGGCAAGAAGCGCAAGUGGGAAGACAUCGGCACCGCCGGCAGAGGCAGAGGCGGCGCGGGGCCUAACAAACGUCCCCACCACCAUGACCGCCGUCGCCUUUCCGCAGGCGAAGCCGACGCUGCUCCCUUUUCCGAGAACGGCCCAGCGGGCGAUGACCUCUCCGAUCUCGAAGACGAAGAGGACGAGACCCUCAACGGCCCCGCCAAGCUGGUAGUCACCAAGGAAACUAUUCCCGUCCGUCUGCGGAUUGCCUUUGUUGACUUCAGCGGCCUUCACGACAAGCGCAGCUUGACCAUGCUCAUCCCGCUCAUCCAGCCGCGCAAGCUGGUCCUCGUCGCCGGCGGCAAAGACGAGACCUUGGCCCUGGCCUCGGACGUCAAGAAGUUGCUCACCGCCCAAUCCACCGGUACCGAGUCCGCCAUCGAGGUGCUCACUCCCGCAGUGGGCACAACCGUCGACGCCUCGGUCGACACCAACGCCUGGGUCCUGAAACUAGCCGACCCGCUCGUCAAGGGCCUCAAAUGGCAGAACGUGCGCGGUCUGGGAAUCGUCACUGUCACCGGUCUGCUACUCCCCGGAGGCGAAUUCCAGCCGAUCGAGGUGGGCGAUGGCGAUGGCGAUGCAGCAAAGCGCCAGAAACUCGAAGACUCUUCGGAAACUCCAACAACUUCCACAGCUUUAGUAAAAACCGGCACCAAACACCUCUCCCACCACCGCCUCCCUCCCCACACUGGACCUCGUCCCGCCAACCCUGGCCUCCUCGUUACGUUCACAAGCCGCCCAACCUCUACACGUAGGCGAACUACGUCUCGCCGACUUGCGUCGGGCCAUGCUCAGCGCAGGCCACAAGGCCGAGUUCAGGGGAGAAGGAACGCUGUUGAUUGACGAUGUGGUGGUUGUGCGCAAAUCAACAGCUCAGGGAGGCAGGAUCGAGUUGGAGAGCGUGGGAUUGCCGAGUGAUACCAUGCCGGGCACGACGAGUGGUGGGUUGUUGGAUGCGGCCAUGAAAGUGGGUGGCACAUUCUAUGCGGUUAAGAAGAAGAUUUAUGAGGGCUUGGCUGUUGUUGCUGGAGCUUAAGGGGUGGUGAGAGAUAGUGGGAAGGUAUCAUGAUGGGAAGCAGGUAUGGGAAUGUCGGCGUGAAAUGGGGUUUUGGUUGGGUUGUAAUUGAUUGUGUAUAUGAAUGUGAGUUCAUCACGAUGGAUAAAAUGGCUUCGUUGGACCACACACCAAUUCAAGACUUGAGUCAAUGCACUGCACUCUUCACCAUCACUGAAUCUUUUCCCCCAUGCUAGAUAGACAGAGGCACGAGGGAUCACAGGCUCAAUCGGAGACAUGUAAGCUUACAGCAUUCCAAUGAUUAGCCACCAGGAGAGGAACAUCAACAUAACAACAAGCAGGAAAAACACUUCACCGGUGCGUGGUGGUCUCGGUAUCACAUCCAGUUAUAUUUAAUUGGACCUGAAUCCGAUAUUCAGGGCGAGGUUCCAGUUGGAGUCGCUUGCAACAUCUGCUCCUCCUCUCCAUUUCUCGGAAGUAAUAGGUACACUGCAUGGCACCAUCUCGGCUUCCAUCUACGCCGGCUUCAAUUGUAGGAAGAGCUCUGGGGGUUGUCUGGUCUUCCAAGGCCCUGGAAGUUCAUUCAUUGGUGGUGAAGUCGAACUGAGACAGGAACACUCAAAUAUAUCAUCAACCUCAGAUGACGUAAUCCCUCUCUUUCCUCCAAGAUUCUAGAUCUCAGCUUCACUUUUUCUUUUGACUUUGCCUCUCACUGCACUUACUUACGUCUCUGACAGCCGCAGUGCAUCGUCAUGUCUCACAACCUUCGUUUUGGAUUCUCUUGUUGUUGGUACAGCUGGCCUGUUAACCAAGUAACCGGCUUGUACAUAUCUCCAACAGUCACCGUGCCUCUCGUUCGUUUCGUUCUCGACCAACUUGUAUGACAGCCAUUCC